AAACGUUAGCAAAGGCAGUUCCAUUGUGGAGUAAAAAGACAAUUCCGUUGUGGAGAACCAGAUUAUAGAAGGUUGAUUAAUAAGUUACAUUUUUUAAACUCUUGUCGCCAUACAGCUGGAAAAUUUUCAUGUGCUGUAGAUUGUUUUCUUGAAACUUGGAUACAUUGUGUUUCGAAUCUGUUUGUAGGAAAUAAUUUUACGAGCUAUUGUAUAGGAUCAUUACAAUACGUCACUAGGCAAUUUGAGGAUCAUCAAAAUAAGAACUCGAAGGCCUCAGUUCUAUGCUCUUUAAGAGAGGUUUUUUGGCAGUAUUUAAGAUUAAAAUGUCCUUCUUUUGUUCCAAUGAAUUGCAAUGCACAGUUUUCUGAAAUUUUUUAGAGUACUGUAUUUUGUGAUAUGUCAGUUAGUGAAAGAAAUAAGAUUUUUUCAAACUAUUUUUUCAGUGUGUCAUGUAGCACAUGUAACAAUAAUUUUCAAGUCUCAAAUGAAGUUUUAAAAAAUUAUGUAAGUUUAGAUGGUAUAUUAUCUUCCAAUUUGCUGCAAGAGCAAUGUCCUUUGUAUCUAGCACAGAGUAACUCUAUUUCUAAUGCACAGUGUGAAAAUUGUAAUAUUACACUUUCAGUCACAGCAUCAGUCAAGCACAUCAGUGAGUCUAUGAUGAGUGUUUCUCAGUUUCCUCCAGAAAUUGUGUUAGAGUAGCAAUUCAGGUUAAAAUGAAUAGUUAGACAUUUAGGUAGUCAUUUUACCUGUGCAAUAAACAGUAAUGAAAACUGGAUACCGAUAGAUGAUUUGCAUGAUAGUAGCUGUAAUUUAUUUAACUCGUUAGAUAGUUUGUAUUCAAGUAACUUCAGUGGUGGGUUUUUUGGAAUAUAUGUUAAACACAUGCACCAAGAAAAUGCCUUGAAUCAUCAGAGUCAAAACUUUGAUAUUUUUACAGAUUUUCAGGUGUUUCAAGAUAAUAAAUUUAUUCAAAAAAAAGAUCUUGCAGUGAUAAUGAAAAAGACACUAAAAAAGUUAGGGUUUGGAACACAUUUUUUAAAUUUAAAAAAUGAUAAACUGUCGUUAAAUUCUACCUCUCAGUAUAACUUUAAAAAGAAAGACAUAAAAAUUCUUAAUAAAAAUUGUUUUAGAAAGGAAGUCAGAGAAAUAGGUAAACAAAACAAUUUGAAAAAUACUUCUUUUUGCAUUGUUGGAAAUAAAAAUAUUACAGAAAGUUAGAAAAAUCAGCCUAUUGUAAAACGUAAAAAAAAUCAUUUAAAUCGAAAAAGAAAUUAAACGGUUUUCCAUUUCUAUUACAUUAAGAGGAAAAAGCUCUUGGUGAAAUAGAGAAAUUUGAGAAAUCAAUGCAGUAUUUGUUUUGAAGCUUGGCCGAUCAAAAUACCACUAAAAACAGAUCAAUUUGUUUGUUUGUGGUCAUUGUAAAAGAGAUAAGGGCAUCCCUAAAAGAUUUAGUUCUGAAAAUAAAAUGAUACCUGCUUCAGAGCCAGUUGAAUUGCAAGAUUUGACACAAGUUGAGGAAAUGAUUAUCUCGCGUGCAUUCCCUGUAAUGCAGGUUUAUCUGAAGCCUAGAUUUGGAACUACAAGUUAUAAAGACCAUGUUGUGACUUUACCUCAUAAUGUUCAAAAAAUUGCAAAUAUUCUUCCACGUAGUUCUAAGGACUUGCCAAUUCUAUAAUUUACAUUUAAAGGCAAAAAUGAAAAAAAUUGUAAUUUUAAGGUAAGAAGAGAAAAAGAUUUGCGUGCUUUAGUGUGGCUAAAACAAAAUAACCCAUUUUAUGAAGAUAUUGAAAUACAUUUUGAAAGAAUAGAAUGCCUUCCUCAAAAUGAUUACAUCGUUGUUGAAGAUGUUGUAGUGGCUGGCCAGAGUGACAAACUUCAGUGUAGUUAUGACGAAGGCCCUACCCCUGAAUAUGGCACACAAUGAGAAAAACCUGAUCUACACCCAUGUAGAAAGUCGUUUACAUUUGCAUUGCAGAAUGAUAUAGAUUUAGAUUAUAUAGACUUAGUUAAUUCAGUUCAAAAACAUACCAAGUGUAAUCCAGGAUACUGUUUGAGAGUAGAUAAUGAUGGGAACAGAAAUGUAAAUUUGGUUAUCCUUUGGAGUUGAAUGAAGAAACCUAUAUUAAAUUUAAUGAGAUAACACGAAAGAUGGGAAAAGAAGUCAGGUCUGAAAUUGUGGGAAAGUGAAAUGAUUCACGUGUCAAUCGUCAUCAACAAAUUCAGUUACAAGGAUGGAUGAGCUAAUUGCGAUAUCCAGUUGAUAAUUGACCAUCGUGCUUGCAUUGAAUAUUUAGCAAAGUAUGCAUCAAAAAUUGAAAAGAUGUCAAGUGUAGCUAGAGAUGCUUUUGUCAAUGUCGUAAAUAAUCUAUCUAAAAUCUCAUCAUCCAGAUCUGUAAUCAGAAAAUUAAUGAUGAAAUGUGUUGGUGAAAGGGACAUGGGCAUACAAGAGGUUAUGCACCAAAUAUUAUCUCUAAAACUCUAUCGCAGCAGCUUCAAUGUAAUUACCAUCUCUUUGGAAAACAGUAGAAAAUGCUCAAUAACAAAUGAUGAGAUAAUAACUGAGAAAUCCUGUCUAGAAGUUUAUGGAGAUCGUGGGUCUUACUCAACUGCUGUCCAACAACUCAAUUUGAUAGACUUUUUUUCAAAAUAUGAUGUAAAAAAAGACAAACUACAACUACGUAAAGAACCUGUCAUUGUUAGAACAAUUCCUAAUUAUAGUCCCAAUCCUCAAGGAGUAAAUUAUGACAAGUACUGCAAAUUUCAGUUACUUAAUACAGAACUUGGAGCAAUGUGCCAUCAAAUGCGUGGGUGCAUGAGAAAGAUUCACCUGCAACUUAUGUUUCUAAAUGGCAACAGUUUUUAGAAAGUGAUAUUGGUAAAACUGUCAUACUAAAUUGGCACUGGAAUUUGCAGAACGCUCAAAUUUACUUUAAUCUUGAUCAGACUGAUUAUGCAGAACAUGUAAAUGAUGAAAAUUGUGAAGAACACUGUGAACAGUGGAUGUAUAUGGCACGUCUGACUGGUAUGGAUGCGACACAUGCUGCAACUGUAAAUCUUGACGGCCUUAAUGAAAUAGAAUCGCAUUUUACAAGUUCUGAAAUAAAUAGUUCACCGUUUUGGUUGGAUAAUGAGAAAAAAAUUGCAAGAAAGAUUGCAAAACUUAAAGUACUUAAUUGUUGAUGAAUUCUCAGUUAUAGGUUUAAAAAUGUUAGGUUGAAUAGAUUGACGUUUACGUCAGGCAAGUGGAAUUUUAGACACUACAUUUGAUGGUUACUCAGUAAUUUUGGUAGGAGAUAUAGCCCAAUCGCCACCUGUUUCAGAUAAACCCCUUUACCAUUCUCUCCCAGAAGAAUCAACAACAUUGAUGGGCUAUUGUGCAUACAGCAAA